UGCCCGAGGUCCCGCCCUGCGACUGCAAGCCGAGGCAGAGCCUGCUGCAGCAGCUGCUGGCGGAGCUGCUGGGGCUGGCCGGGGACCUGGUGCGCGCCGCCGGACAGCUGGAGCGGAGGGCGGCAGGGCGCGUGAGGCAACUAGAGGGGCAGCAGGGGCGGGCCGCCGCCGUGGCGCGGGACUGCUGCAGCACGUUCCCGCAACCCGCCCAAGAAGACUUGCAAACUACGAUAUGCAUAUUUCGAGUCGAAUUAGAGAAACUUCGGGAAGCAGACAAAAAAGAAAAGGAAAUAGUAAAGAGGUAAUUCAGAAGAAAAAACACAUGACUGCCAAAGCUAACGUAAAAAAGGUUGCUUCUAAAGAUGGUGAGACGCAGGUUGAGACCCAAGACUUUGAGACCCAAGGCAACCCUAACACGGUCAACGAGGUUGAAAGCAACCCGGCUAAGAUCGAUGAAGUACAAGAUGGCCCAGCUGAGUUCGGUGAUUAUACAAUUCAGAAAACUCGGCAUAAGCAGCCAAAUGGUGUCGGCGAUUCAAGUGCGAAAGAUGUUCCAAAUAUGGAAGCGGAAUUGAACAUCAUUCGGAAGGCUUACAGUAAAUCAAAAUGCAUUAUUGCUGAAAUGGAAGAGAAGAUGAAACAUCUACGCGAAGAGAAUCUGAAAUUACAAGAAAUAAUUAAAUCCAAUGAAAAGGGUAUCAAGAAACUACAUAAUGAAUCGCCAUUUUAAAAUGUAUCGAUAUUAUUAUCUGCAUAUCCCUAAGUAUUAAAUGAACUGCAAUUUUCUUU